AUGUUGAGUCGUCUACUGCGAUUUAUCUACGGUGCCAUUCCAAAGGUGUUCAAAAUGAUCCAAACCAUCUCUGGUCAGAUUCUUCCAAGUUCAGAAACUCUGAACUCCGCCCAAAAGUUUCCGAAGAUCGAGUACAAUCAGCCACUAUCAUCAUCCUACGAACAUCCAAUCAUCACAAAUUUAUAA